GCACACAUCAUGCCAGAAUUCCACCAGGACCUGGCGACGCUAUGCGCGCUAUGCGAGCAGUACACACAACUAUUCGUCAAAAACGACUUUGACACGUCCAAAUAUCUUUCCAACCCUUCUGAUCGAUGGAUUCGAGACGAUGAAGCAGAUCACCAAUUCACCGGCGUAGCGUUCCAGCAUCAUGGAAAUCUCCAGGCGUUGAGGGCGAGCGGAGAGAGCUGCCAAUUAUGCCGCCUGAUCCUAGACGACUUUGCCGAUGAAGAAUUAGAAUCUUGCGAUGGAAGUCUAUGGCUUUGCCCCUUUUCACAACCAGUAAGACCAAGUCUCAUAAAGUUGGUUUCGCGAGGAAUUGAUCGGCGUCGUAUCACAAGCCUUCUUUUCAUGCUCUGGCUGGUUUGUUGGGCGGUCUCGCUUUUAUUUUCGAAAACACGCUAAAGAGUCUAACACUUUCCUCGCAC